AUGUAUGCAGCAGGUUUCCGUCCAGGUUUUGAGGCCGAUGUCAAGGGUGCCACAGCCGCCGAUCUAUACAAGAUGGAGGAGGACUUGAAGCGCCAGGGCAAUCUCCCAAGAAUAGAAUCUUUCUUUGCGGAAAGAUUCAGUGGCCUUUCCUUGUCUGCAUUCGAGUCAAACACAUCGAUCGCAGCCCGAACCCAUGCGCCAUCUUGGGCGAAUGAGUCCUUCUACUGGACCGAGUCACCGGGGACCUUUACGAGCGAGGAUCCACCUCACCACAAGGCGAUACGAGAGGUGCCCGAUGCAUCUGAUAGUGUAAUAGAGAUGCUGUGGAACUCUCAAGUUCACCAUCACACAACCCCAUCAAAAACCUAUAAUGCACGUGGGGUGCAGGUUGGACCGGCACAGGCUGAAAUCACACGAUUUGCAUGCUCUUGCCAGAUUUCACAGGCGUUGGUGAAUCGGAUCGAUAAGGUCAAGUCUUUGCAAAGUGAGAUGGGUGAAGAUGUUUGGGUAGUUUAUCAAUCCGCCGUUUUGACUGGUUACAAAGAACAAGCCCAUAAAAAAAUGAAAACUCUGGCUCUCAAAUUAGGAAUUUGGAAGGAUGACUUCUGA